AUUCAUUAAUGUAAACUUAAGGCAACUUUUUGAUUGAAUUUGCCUUAAGCUGUAGGAAUCCUAUUUAAUGUGGAUUGAAUUGGAUGACAUUUUAUUCUAAAGUAUUGAGAGAUUUCUGCAAAGCAAAAUGCCUGUCUUCUGCAACUCUGAGGAGAAAACAUUUAUAUUUCACUUACCAAAAACAUGUCCUUGUCCUCCUUUCUUCCAUGCAUUCAGCGAUUUAACCUUGUACUGGUUAAACGGAUGAAAGCGUAUCAGUUUGUUGUGUCUGAUGCAUGGUCCUGAGUGGCUUUGUUAAUCUGCUUGUGAAGGUCUGCUCGUUAACAUUGAGCUGGAAAAAAAAGCAGCUGGUCUGUUCUGACUGAGAGAAAAGCCCCUUCUGUUGAGCUCCACUAUAUAAAGGCAGAACUUUGUGUUGAUCCUGAGACUUGCAGCAGCAGCAGCAGCAGCUUUCAGUGGAGCUACAGCGAGAUGUUGAACAUCAGUGAGAUGCCUCUGCAGGUCCUGCCCUCCAAGGCCUCGGACCGUCUGCUGCAGCCAUUCUGGGAUUAUUUGCUUCUCUACCACCUGCCUCUCAUCUCAUCUCCUUUCUUCCCAGUCCUACUAGCCUUCUCCAGCUAUUUCUUCUUCAGCAUACCUUUUGCUGCACUGGACCUCUGGGGAGAAAGACUGCCUUUCCUCUAUCAGUACAAGAUCCAACCAGAGAGGCAGCCAACAGUGGGAAUGAUGGCUAAGAGCUUCAUGACGGCGCUGUAUAACCACAUAUUCUUUGUUUUGCCAACUGUGAUAAUCAGCAUGUUCAUACUGCCUACACCAACGCUGCCACAGGAUGCUCCAACAUUGUAUGAGGUAUUCAUUGACGGACUGGCUGUGCUUCUCCUCUUUGACACUCAGUACUACAUUUGGCACUUUGUACAUCACAAGCAUGCACAGCUUUACCGCUGGAUUCAUGCAAUCCACCAUGAAUACAUGGCACCUUUCUCCUGGUCGACUGAGCAGCUCAGCAUCCCAGAACUGAUGACUGUUGGACUCUGGAGCAACCAGGACCCCAUUCUUUUAAAGUGCCACCCUUUGACCACGUGGUGCAUCACAGUUUUCAGCCUCUGGCUCUCUGUGGAGGACCACAUAGGUUAUGACAUACCGUGGUCCCUUAACCAUCUGGUGCCUUUUGGUCUGCUGGGAGGUGCACCGGCUCAUGACAUGCACCACCAGAAGCCAAGCAGCAACUACGCUCCUUUCUUCAGCCACUGGGACAGAAUCUUUGGCACAGCCGUUCCUCUGAAGAAAAAGACAAUGAAGUGAAUGCAAUUCUGUAAACACUGCAUAUGUUGUGGGUUUUUUUUCUUCAUUAUUUUGGCACUGUCACAUUCACAAAUCAUGACUUUUCUAUCUUUUAUUUUAUAGCACUUGUCAGUGCUUUGCUGCUAUUUUCUUUGUGGGGCUAUGUGAGUUAAAAGGUGUGAAAAGUUUAUUUUUUUAUGGCUUUUCAUUCAAUAAAAUAAAUUUUACAAAGA